CAGUCGAUCGUAGGACCUUUGUUGAUUCGGAUCAUUCUGACACGAGUUGGUGACGAAUGUGCAUCUCUGUCCCAGUCGCAAGUGCAGUUCAACUAUUUUCGUACAUGUGAUACCUUGAUCAACAUCUCGUUAGUGUUUUACCGCCAAACUUUUGUUUCGUUUCAGCCACGUUGAAUUAUGACUGUGUUCUCCUGAGUCCCAGUUACGUGCCAGUGUGUCGUUUGGUGGGGGUUGAAGGAAGAAGAGAGGAGAGUUAAGAACGACAUCAUGGGUUGGCAUUUUAGUUUACGAUGGCCGAACUGUGCAAGUACCCUGCGGCCGCACAUAUAUUGGAUUGCGAUCGUGGUCCUUGUCUGUUGCCAAGACAGUGGAUAUUGCUCCAGUCAAGCAGCUGGCGAUGAAGACCUGAUGUUUACGGCUGAACCGCAGGACGCGGUCGUGAGUAAAAAUUCCUCUGUUGUCAUCGACUGUGGUGUUCCAGCUGGCUGGCUACGCGACAUGGAGGACGCUGGACCUGCCCCGCUCAUUGAGUGGAAACGAGACGGCGUCUUGCUCAGUCUCAACGGAGAAAAUAGAAGGUACUCUUCAGGAACGAAUAUAUCGGUGCUGGCCAACGGCUCGCUUUACUUCACCAGCGUCCAGCACAGUCGGAACGAGCGGCCCGACGAAGGACUGUACCAAUGCUCGGCUACCAGGCCAUCGGUUGGCACAAUCAUCAGCCGGGCUGCCAAGUUGCAAAUCGCUUCACUGCCCAGAUUUGAAUUGGAGCCCAAGGACGUGGCCGUCCGUGUGGGCGAUACGGCCCGUUUCAACUGUCUCGUCAUGGCAACGCCAGCUGCUUACGUCCGUUGGUUGAAAGACGAUCUACCCCUAAAUAUAGAACCGGCUAGAAUGAUCAUACUGCCUUCAGGAGCCUUGGAAUUGGAACAAGUCCAACUUUCAGAUCAGGGCUAUUACCGGUGCAAUGUGUCCAACGAGGACAAGUAUCGCAUCAGCGCCGAGGCUAAGCUUAAUGUCCACUCUGAGCUGGAAGAGGGCGGCCGGCCGGAAGCGCCCAACUUCCUGGCCACGCCGAGGAAUACGGUAGCCAUUGAGGGGACGCGUGUCACGCUGGAAUGCGCCGCCAACGGCCACCCGCGGCCGGAUAUCACCUGGCUCAAAGACGGCACCACCAUCGAUCUAGAUCAUCUGGACAGCCGUUUCCACAGCGUAGGUUCUGGCAGUUUGCAGAUUGAUGCGGUGACGGAAGAGGAUGUGGGCGUCUAUCAGUGCCGGGCGGAGAACACGGAAGACUCGGUUGACGUGACGGCCCAGCUGGAAGUGCAAGUGCCUCCGCGUUUCAUCAAGCGGCCUCGCAGCACCGCGGCGCACGAGAAGGAUGACGCCGAACUCGAGUGCCAAUUGUACGGAAGGCCCGAACCCACCGUCCAGUGGACCAAAAACGGGGAACUCAUCAUCGAAAGCGAAUACUUUCAGAUAAUCAAUGGAAAUAAUUUGAAAAUCUUGGGUCUGGUGGCUUCUGAUUUCGGUAUUUACCAAUGCAUCGGUUCCAAUCCGGCCGGUAACGUUCAAGCGGCCGCCAGUUUGACUAUCUACUCAUCAGAUUACGACAACGGCACGUCGUCCAACCCGAUGGAUUUGACGACCGCUUCAUCUCCCACUGACGACUCAGGAACACGCGAGGCUGUCGCACCCGUCGGCUCUUCGGACGACCGCCAGACAUCCGAGGCCACCCAAACCGAUGGUUUGAUGACACCUGGCGGCGGUGGCAGCGGCGGCGUUGAUGUCAACAGCGAGGGAUCCGCGUCGUUGCCGUCGGCGCCCAGGGACGUUGAAGCCCUGAUUGUCUCGUCGCGCUUCGUUACCCUCAGGUGGAAGGAGCCCGUCAGAACCAACGGACAAAUUAUCGGCUAUUCCAUUUUCUACCGCCAGGAAGGCUCGGAGCGUGAACGUGUGGUCAAUACGAGCCGAUCGCGUUUGGAAGAAGUGAACGUGCCGGGCCUGCAGCCGGGCAAGAAAUAUUGGCUGCGCGUAGCGGCAUUCAAUGAAGCCGGAGCCGGAGCGAGUACAGCGUCGCUGGAAGUGGAGACGCUGGUGGAGCCGCACGUGUUGCAGGCGCCUUCCAAUCUGAGCGUCAAGGCUGUCUCGCCAGUGAGUCUGAUGGCCAGUUGGGAGUCACCCGAUCUCGGCCCCAGCGCAGCAUCGAAUCACGGCCACUUGCCCAUCCGAAACUAUAAGCUCUUCUACAUGGAGGUCGGCUCGGCCGAGGAGCACGAAGUGGUCACGAGCCACACGAGCCACUUGAUACACGGACUCAAACCGUACACCGAGUAUUCGGUAUGGGUCGUCGCCUUCAACGACAACGGGCCGGGCACCAGCACCGAAGAAGCCACGGCCAGGACGUGGUCGGACGUGCCAUCCGACACGCCCCAGAAUGUGGUGGCCGAACCGGCCAGCUCGUCGAGCAUCAUCGUCCGCUGGGAUCCGCCCUCUUUGGAGAAUCAGAACGGCAUCAUAACCGGGUACAAGAUCCGCUACAAGCCCAAAACUGGGCGCGGGCGGUUGCCUUUGAAUCCCGGCUCAUCCGGCGCUGGAUCGACGGCGACGACGGACGGCAGUCGACGACUUUACACGCUGACUGGACUCAUCCGCGGAACGGAGUAUCAAGUUCGAGUUUCGGCCCUGACUGUCAACGGUUCAGGUCCCAUGACCGAAUGGAUGACGGCCGAAACAUUUGAGAACGACCUGGACGAGAGCCAAGUGCCUGAGCCUCCCAGCUCGUUGAGAGCUCGACCGAUGACAAAUUCAAUUUCCGUUUCGUGGAAUCCGCCCAGCAACCAGAAUGUGAUGGUGCGUGGUUACACGAUCGGCUGGGGCAAAGGCAUUCCGGACGUGUAUUCGAAAUUGGUGGACGGGAAGCAACGCGCUUUCAUCAUCGAAAAAUUGGAGGCCAAUUCGGAGUACGUCAUCAGUUUGAGGGCGUACAAUCAAAUGGGAGACGGCCGGCCCAUCUACGAAACGGUGCGAACGCGCGAAGAAUCGACACCCGAACCGCCCAGUCCCCUCAUUCCGCCCGUCGGAUUGAAAGCUAUUGUCUUGUCCUCGACAACGGUCGUUCUCUACUGGACCGAUACCACCUUACCUCGCAGUCAGAUUGUCGCUGAUUCGCGAUACUACGUCGUGAGGUACACGUCCAGCCACACGUCUAGCAAUCCACGCUAUCGUUACAUGAACUCUACCGUCCUCAAUUGCAUGUUGGAUGACUUGAAACCCAACACUCAGUUCGAAUUCGCCGUCAAAGUCAUCAAGAACCGUAGGGAAAGUCCGUGGAGUUUGGUAGUGCCCAACACGACAUUCGAAGCAGCACCUUCGUCACCGCCACGAGAUUUGACCGUCGUUCCAGUCGAAGAAAAUCCGUCCGCCAUCAAUUUGAACUGGCAGCCACCUAAACAGCCCAACGGUCAAAUUACUGGUUACGUCAUCUUCUACACAACAGACAGCUCGCAGCGCGAUCGAGACUGGGUGGUAGAAGGUGUCGUUGGGGAUAAGAUGACCACGACCAUUAAAGGUCUGACACCCGAUACGACGUAUUUUAUCAAAAUCCAGGCCAGGAACAACAAAGGCUACGGCCCUUUCUCCAGCAUCAUUCAAUUCCGCACCAAUCCGAGCAACGGUAUGACUUACCACGACUCACUUCCAGUUAGCAGAGACAGUCGAGGCAUUUCGAGCACGACGUUGUACAUCAUCCUGGGCAUCGCAACUGGUAUCAUUAUAAUCCUAUUGGCUGUAGUGCUCGUGGUCGUCUUCCGACGCCGCGAUACGAGCGUCACAACAUCGCCGGAUCGUUCCAAGAAAGGCUACGUCAAGGGCAAUGUCAAAGGUACCGGCAAAUUGGGUAAAGCAGACAACCCUCCCGACUUGUGGAUCCAUCACGAUCAGAUGGAGAUGAAAGGACUAGAUAAAUCGCUCCAGCGUUCCGGAUCUGUAAACACGGUCUCGCCACACAACAUGCGACGAUCGCAAGAUCUCGACUCGCUUGACGGAAUGGCGUCCGGAUCAACUGCCGGCCGCGGUCUCAGCACCACCGCGAAUGAUUCGCUCGACCGGCGGGCCGCCUACGUCACCGCCUAUGCAGGAAGUAGCAACUCACUCAGGCGUCCCAUUAAACCCAAGAGCCUUUUGAUCAGUGUCGCUACUACCACCCAACCCGUGCGCGAACCUGUAGCGACGGUGACGCCAAUCCCCAACGGCAGUUUGAAUCAGCACAGCGAUUCUCGGCCAGUUUAUCCUGCAGCGCCUCGACCUGGGAUUUACCCGUCAGCUGGGCCGCCUGCCGCUGGCCGAGCUCAUGUUACGGUGGACGUCAGCAUUCCGUCAGACUCCACUUACGGCAGUCAGGGCAGCUAUGACAGCCGCUCGAGUCUCGUCCAUCCGCCGCCAGCCAACAUGGCCAUGAUGGGUCCUCCUUCCUGCCAGCCGUCCAAUGUGACGCCGUCCACGGCCUUGUUGUCCGGCGCCGAUGCCAAACGCAACACUCAACUCGGUCAUCCGCUCAAGAGCUUCACCGUUCCGGCACCGCCUCCGCAAUCAGCACCGCCCGUCAAGAUCGUCUCGCCCAAUAGCGGAAGCAGCCGUCAGUCUGUGAACCCGAUGGUCACGCAAUCCAGUCCUUAUAAGAAGGCGCUGGUGGGUGCGCCAGUGACGUCACCUCCGCCUCUUCACAAAGCGAACAGCGUCGGAGGUGUCAGGACGGCCGCCAGCGAUCUGAUCAAAUCUCCCGAGAAGAUCAUUCAGAGUUCUUACAGCACCGAGGAGCUCAAUCAGGAGAUGGCCAAUCUGGAAGGUCUUAUGAAGGAUUUGAAUGCAAUCACUGCCAAUGAAUUCGGCUGCUAAACUUUGAUUGCGCCCAACAAAAAAAGGAAAACGCAUUUGAUUUUUUUUUUCUUUAAUCUAUUUGAUUUUUUUUAUAGCUAUUUCAUGUUACCGUUAUUAUUAUUAUUUUUUUUUUACGGUAACGAAGUGAAGUAGGUUAGCGUUUUUCCUAAAUCCAAGGAAAUCGAUUCGUUUUUAUUGGUCGAUUUUUUUUUGGGGGGCGUGUUGCCCAUCCCGUGGCAGCUGUUUGUUUUUCUAACUACUCGAUUCUGAAAGGCAGCUAUUUUGUUUCUUUCGGCAAGGGUUUUUUUUUUUUUUUUUAAUCCCAGCACAACCGAGUGGCAUUUGUAAAAGUUCAUUUUCCACAAUGGCUCUCCAAUCAUAUCUCCUUUAAUUAAUUUUUUUCUUCUUCUUCUUCUUUUGUUUCAUGUUGAUUUUAGUUUAUUCGAACAAUCGUGUUAUAUUUCUCCCUUUUUCGUUUCAUUUAUCACAUUUUCCCUCCAUCCUUUUCCUCGUUUCGAAAAGGAAUAUCCAAUUCGAGAGAUGUUGUAAUCAUGUUUUUAUGCUCAUUCUGGCGUCGGGUCUUCUCGGAAUGUAUCGGUUUCAAUUCAACCAAAAUGUGUGUUUUCUGAAACGCUGUGUAUUGUAUUUCCUUUUCCUGUAUUUCCCUGCCCUCUUAACUUGGAACAAAGAUGACCGGUAUGUAUAAUUCUAAACGUUAUAUCGAUCAUCAGGACGCUUCAAAAACGGCUCUCGAUGGUUGAAGAAGAAAACGAAUUGUUUUCAAGACGUCGAAGAAAACUGAAAGGAAAAGUAAAAAUAUUUAAAAGGUUAAUGGAUAAGGAUUAAUUCUUACGUUUUCCUUUGCGAAAAACAAAUAAUUUUCUUCCCGAAUGGAAAAGAGAGAAAAAAAAAAUGUUUAUCGUAAAACGUGUGCAGCUUCUGUUGAUGAACAAGUGUGUGUGUGUGUGUGUGUGUGUACGUAUGGGGUAUUUUGAUUGUGUUGAGAAAUUGAGCUCUUGUCCAAUUGGGGCACUUAUCCUUUCUAUUUGUCUGAUCAGGUUUUGGAAUGCGUCAUCUAUUGUAACAUGUGAAACACGUAGCACAUAAUUUUCGAGUGACUGAUCCCGAGUUGACCUUUAAAGAUUGUGGUUUGUCGAAUGUGGUGUCGUGUAAUAUAACUCAGUGUCUGCUUUUUUCAAA